UGUUGGUUUAGAGAGAGUUGUAGGAAUGAUCCCUCGAUAGUCUUGUCACAAAGUUUGUUGUUGUGUGUGGACUUGCCGUGCAGCUGCCUUGUGCCACUGCUAGGGGUGAUUUGAGAUGUGGAAUAAUUCAGAAACCAGUGCUCUGUGCCUUACACAUUCCAAGUGAUGCCAGUUGAUCUGCAUCGACACGUUCGCCUGAUUGCUGCUGUCUCCAUUGACCAUUGGAGGGGGAUGAGGUUGGAGGGUUGCCUGCAGUUUGUCCUGCUCAUGGCCUUGACCUCCAGGGCUGCAGGUCUCAAUAUUCCUCUGGAAGUGGAGCAGCCUCCCACCAUCAUAACUAAAACAUCUGGCACUGUUAUUGCACUUCCUUAUGACCUUACCAUAACUUUGAAGUGUGAAGCAAAGGGAAACCCAACACCAGAAUACAGAUGGACAAAAGACGGCAAAGAUUUUAUCCCUCCCCUUAACAGGACAGGCCACACAGGUGGCACUUUUGUGCUUCAAAACAAGCUUCUCGACGAAUUCCAGGGUAAAUACCGAUGCUACGCUUCUAACAAGCAUGGAACAGCCAUGACGGAAGAGAUCAAGCUGAUAGUUGCGAGUGUCCCCAAGUUUCCAAAGGAGACAGUGUCUCCUAUUGUUGUUGAUGAGGGAGACCCAGUCAUCCUGCACUGUAACCCUCCUGAAGGCGCCACCGAACGUCAGAUCUACUGGAUGUCUCUUGGCCUCCAGCACAUUGAGCAGAAUGAGAGGGUUUCCAUGGGCAUUGAUGGAAACCUGUACUUCUCUAAUGCCUUACAGAAAGACAGUCGGCAGGACUACUGUUGCUUUGCUGCCUUCAACAAAAUACGCACCAUCGUCCAGAAACCCGCCCUGACUGUCAUGGUCAAGAGCUUGAAACCUGACAAUAAUUCUGCUCUCAGCAGCAAUACCACUCUGGCCCCCCCACUGAGGAUGCCUGGCCUGCUGCUGCCCCCUAGUGUUCAGUCAGAGAAGGUUCUGUUGAAGGGACAGACUCUGGAGCUAGAGUGUAUACCAGAGGGAUAUCCCACUCCCAAGAUUACAUGGAUGAAAUUGGGGGACGAAAUGCCUCGAAAGACAAAAUUCAACAACUUUGGAAAACAGUUGACCAUAUCUGCUGUAGAAGAGACAGAUGCAGGGAAAUACAUGUGUUCAGCCAAAAACUCUGCUGGAGAGGCUGUCCACUACUUUGAUGUAAUAGUUGAAGAGCCUCCUAAGUGGCUGACAGAGCCUCCACAGAGCCAGCUGACUGUUAUUGGGUCUGAUGUUCACAUCAAGUGCUCGGUCAGCGGAAAACCACCACCAGACAUAACAUGGAGGAGGAAUAGUGAAGUUUUCAAAGAUGACCCGUUGAGCAACAGACGAGUGCUUGAUGACACUAUAGUGCUCCAUAACGCCACACCGGAGGACAGUGCCGUCUACCAGUGUGAAGCCUCCAACAAUCAUGGCAAGAUUCUGGCCAACAUCAACAUCAUGGUCAAGAAUUUGGCUCCGCAGAUAUUGACAAGAAACAACCAUGAUUAUGCUGUAGUCCUAGGAGGUGACAUCACCAUGAACUGCAGUGUGUUCGGCUCUCCUUUACCCUCUGUCUCUUGGACCAGAGAUGGGACUCAAGAAACUCUUGUCGGUGAACGUUUUUAUGAAUUGCAAAAUGGGUCUUUGCAAAUAACCAACGCAGAAAAAGACGACAGGGGGAAUUAUGUGUGUGUUGCAGUUAACACGGAGGGCAAGUCAGCUGCCAUUGCUGUACUGGAUGUGAAAGACCCCACCAGAAUAAUGAAUCCACCUCAAGACAUGCAGAUCAUCAGUGGGACCACAGCGCAGUUGAUGUGCCAGGCAGAGUGUGAUCAAAGCCUGCGCGGCACCUUUGAGGUGAUAUGGAUGAAGGAUGAGGAGGAGAUCCCACUUUCCUUUGAGGGAAAUUCAAGGUUCAGACACGUUGUGGACGAUGGGAUGCUGCAGAUCAUGAAUGUUAACCUGAGUGAUCAGGGAUUAUAUACAUGCAUUGCUAGAACCAGCCUAGAUGAGGUCAAUGCAACUGGUCUGCUCACCGUACUGGACGUUCCAGAUGCUCCCAAAAAUGUUGAGAUAUCUGAACUUACGGAUCGGAGGAAUGUUAGUCUGUCUUGGGUGCCUGGCAAUGAUCACAACAGCUCUGUAGCAGAGUUUAUAGUCGAAUUUGAGGAGAGCCAAUGGGAGCCUGGCAGGUGGAAGGAGCUACAAAAAGUCCCUGGUAACCAGGCAACAGCUGAGCUGGCACUACAGGGGCACCUUAACUAUCAGUUCAGAGUGUAUGCUGUUAAUGCUGUUGGACCUGGACCCCCUAGUGAGCCCACUGAGAGAUACAAAACACCCCCUGCCGCUCCUGAUAGGAACCCACAAAAUAUCAAAAUUCACGGCCAUCUUCCUGAUCAAAUGGAAAUCAGCUGGGAGCCCCUGCUACCAAUCGAACACAAUGGCCCAGGCCUUGAGUACAAGGUGAGCUACAGGAGAACCGGGGUGGGAGAUGACUGGAGCUGGAAUCUGGAAAAAAGACAUUCGUUCAAUGUAAAGAACACGUCCACUUAUGUCCCAUACGAGAUUAAAAUUCAGAGCAGGAACAGCCACGGCUGGGGACCAGAACCUAAAGUUGUUACUGGUUACUCGGGAGAAGAUGUCCCUACUUCAGCCCCGCGGGAUGUAGCAGUGGAGGUGAUCAACACAACUGUUCUGAGAGUUAGCUGGACCCCAGUUCCACAAGCCACUGUGAGAGGUCAUCUCAGGGGCUACAAUGUUCACUGGGUGAGAAAACAGAGUCUGCUGAAUCCCAGUAAAAUUUUAGAUGAGCGCCACUCCCUCUCUUUUCCUGGAAAGAGGAAUCAUGCCAUUGUGCCACAACUUGAACCAUUCUCCGAGUACAGACUCACUGUAAAUGUUUACAACAAGAAGGGCAAUGGGCCCAACAGUGACCCGGUCACCUUCAACACCCCAGAAGGAGUUCCCAGGCAGGUGCCCAUCCUGACUGCUUCCAAUGCCCGGAAAGACUCCAUUCUGCUGGUUUGGGGUCCACCACUGGAAACAAAUGGCAUCCUGACUGGUUAUCUACUGCAGUACCACCUCCUUAAUGAGACCACACUGGAGGUGGUUGAUUCCCAGGAGAUAAACAUCUCUGGGGCUGACACCUCCCAGUGGCGUCUCCAGGGCUUAAAGGAUGGCAGCCUCUACCGCUUCCAACUCAGUGCGUGCACUCAAGCAGGUUGUGGACCUCCACUGGCCCAGGAGAGCAGCACCGUUGAACAAGCCCGUGAAGCUAUCUGGAGGAUUUCAGAGGCUGUAAACACUUCUCAGAGUUUCCACAUAAUUGAUGGGCUCAAACCCGGGAUGGAGUACACCGUGCGCCUCAUGGCCAACAGGCUGCUUGAUAACACUAGUAUUUUCGAAGAAGUUAUCCAGACAAGAGUCAAAGGUGUGGGAGGGCAGCAGAGCGAACUUUCGACCCAAGGCUGGUUUAUUGGGACCAUGUGUGCUGUGGCGCUCCUCACACUCAUCGCCCUAAUGGCCUGUUUUGUGCGGAGAAACAAAGGUGGCAAGUAUGCAGUGAAAGAGAAGGAGGACCUCCACCCUGACGAAGAGUCACAAGGAAUGAAUGAUGAUACCUUCUGUGAAUACAGUGACAGUGAGGAGAAGCCACUGAAGGGCAGCAGCUUGUGUUCUCUGAAUGGAGAUGACAUAGGGGACAGCGUCAGCCGAGACAGCCUGGUCGACUACGCAGACGGAGAAGGAGAAUUCGAUGAGGACGGUUCAUUUAUCGGAGAAUAUUCCGGACGCAAGCACAGAGGCUCUGUUAGCGAGCCUAGCGGACCCAAGCCAGUCACUGCAUAAAGCCAAGCUCCGGUUGAAAUGGUCUGCUUCAAAUCCUUUCAAGAUACUUUUCAAAUUCAGCUUCCCUGGCAUUAAGUACAGCUCCAAAAGCCAAAUAUGAGGGAAUAAAAAUGACUCAAAUGUGCAGGAGUUUUUACAGCAGACAGAACUUUGCCCAAGGACCGGAGAGGAAAAAGUACAUCCACCAUACACAAACGUGUGAAUACUGUGUGAGUCUGUGUACAUACUGUGAGAGAAUGAUCUUUAUCAUGUGUUUCAUAUCAAUAAUCAAGUAUUUUUUUGUACCUAUCAGUGACAAUAAUCAUCCAGAUACAUUGAUUUUAAUAAUUCAAAAAUAUUUUUCUACAAGAUAAAAUCUCUAAAAAUAAACUUGGAACAUAAAAUGUUUGCAGUUAAUCAGAAUAAAACUCAAGAGAAACUGACAGUAGAUAGCAAUUCAUAGCAUGUGUUCAUUCAUUUACCACACAAAGCAAAGCAGGGUUUUUAUUUUGUACAUUGACACUGAAAUCAGUAUCAUGAAAUUGAGCUGAUAUAUUUACAUGGAAUUCCAUUUUGUCCAUUUAUGUAAAUGCGUUUUCUUUAUUUUGUGAAAAAAGGAUAAUUGCUUUUUUUAAGCACAAUGUUGUUGUUUUUUCAUUUUGUCAAUAAUAUUUUCAAACGUUUUAUGUAUUAAUCAGGAUACACAUACGCAUAAAAUCAACAUGAGAAACAGAAAAAGUGACGUUUUAAUCCUGCUUUACAUCCACCCAUCAGCCUGAGCCUGGUUGGUAAAUGGAAGUAAAGCGGGAUUAUAUACAGUAUAAGUUAGUUGACAAGAAGGUUAACGUGCCAAUUGUUUUUUUGCAUUUAUCUCUGGGAUUUUAUCACAAAACAUUUAUUUAAAAGACUCAUCAACACAGCCAUUUGUGAGUGACUUUUUAUUCUUGCCUCUCGGAUUGGACAAGUCAGAGUAAAUUUUAUUUGACCCUCUUACUUGUUAGAAUUGUGACUUUUUUUUAUCAUGCUCAGUCUGUGAGUUGAGUCAUUCCUUUAAAAAGAUCAGACUGCUGGGCUGUUUCUAAUCUUAAAACUGUUCAUGUUGAGACUUCCUACCCUGUUCUUUUUAAAACUUGGUUCAAUGACUCAUCAGUUUCUAUUUGCUUUCCCAAAUAAAAUAAAAAUAAAAAACACUGACUUACAUGGUAAGCUCACAAGUUGAGAUGUUUUCUCCACUCAGCAUGGAAUGUUAAGACAUUAAAGAAAAAGUUCCAUC